CUGCCUUUCCCUGCGGGGUCCGCUCCUGACUUCCAGUCCGGGGGGGCGUAGUGCUGUGGGCCCCCGGCCCCUGGGCGCAGCCAGCGCCAGAGAGAGCGGGGCGAGCGCUGCCGCUCCCUGGACCCGCCUUGAUUUCUGGUUAGCCCCUCGCUCACCUGCCUCAGGUGGGCUUUGGAGCUCGUGCUUAGGUGCAGCCAGGAGGGUGGUAGUCAGGGCUUGGCGGCUGCAGGGGGUUUAGCAGGGCACCAGCAUCGCUUUAGGCAGGAGGCUCAUUGCAGUGGCAGUGUGUUCCCUAAUGUCAAGCAGCCUGGAUUCUAUUUCUGAUUUUGCUACUGGCUUGGGUAUCAUUCAAAUGAAAAGCCAAGGAGUUUGACGAAGGGGGUGUUCUCGCUUGUUUGGAUUCUGAACAUUAACCUGAACAGCUACAGUGUAAGAACUGUACUAGGAAGCACGGGAUGCAACCAACUCCCAGAGCUACUUAGAAACCUUUGACGUCUCUUUCCUAAUAGAUCAGCUGGAGGAAUCUCUAGAACUUGCCUGCUAGUGACAUUGUAAUGUAGUAACAUUUUACAUUACAAACCAUGCCAGCUCGCUGCGUAGUGGCCAGGUGUUCCAACACCACCCAAGAUGGUGUAUCCUUGUUCAAAUUUCCAAAAGACCCUCACGUUAGGAGCCUUUGGGACAGAUUUGUUCGGAUGAAGAGAGCAGACUGGAGAGGGGGACAUGACCGCUCGCUGAUCUGCUCCGCGCACUUCACGGACGAGUGCUUUGACAUUUCAAGCGUGACACAAAAAAAAUUAGAAUUUGGAAAGCGGUUGCUUCUAACCAAAAUAGCAGUUCCGACUCUGAACGUCUGCCCAAGCGUGAACGGGAACCCACAGUCCCCAUCAAAACCAAAAGGAAGAGGAGCCUUCCGGAAAAAAGUCUUCCAAGAGGCUGAUGAAUGGGAGGUGGAACCGCAGCCCCUGGCCAUCUUGCAGCCACUGGUCCUCCCUGAGCAAACGUCUGAAAAAGAACCAUCACCUCCAAGUACAGAGGCUUCCCUUCAGACUGUACUAGCCGCCGUCCAAGCUGUUGAGAGGAAAUUAGAUUCUUACGCCACGAGGUUGCUGGGUCUGGAAGGGAGAAUGUGGAUGGCUGAAAAAAAACUAAUAGGCUGUGAGAAAACUGUCGUGGAGUUUGGGAACCAGCUGGAGAGUAAAUGGGCCGUGCUGGGAACUCUGAUCCAGGAGUACGGGCUGCUGCAGAGGAGGCUGGAGAACAUGGAGAACCUGCUGAAGAACAGGAACUUCUGGAUCCUGAGACUGCCCCCAGGCACUAAUGGGGAGGUCCCCAAGGUGCCGGUGACAUUUGAUGACAUCUCGGUCUAUUUCAACGAGCAGGAAUGGAAAAGCUUGAAUGAAUGGCAGAAGGAGCUUUACAAAAACAUGAUGAAGAGGAAUUAUGAGACCCUGAUCUCACUGGACUAUGCUGUUUCUAAACCUGACAUCCUGUCCCGGAUAGAGCGAGGGGAGGAGCCAUAUAUCGGGGAUCCUCCGGACUCUGAAGAAAGGAAAAUCUCUAUUGAACCACGUGUCAACUCUCCCGUUGCUGCACCUGGCCGGUUGUGCCAGAUUGAACAAGGCGCAGAGCCGUGUGUUGGGGAACAGGGCGAUGCUAAGGAAAGAGGUGUCCCUGCAGACCCCAGCACAGUCUCCGGCUGUGAUGCUUUAUCAUGGAUUAAACGAGAGGAACAGUCUGGUGCUGAGAAUCAGGACCACAUUGGGGAAGGAGAGCUCUGUACAGACCCCAGUGCUGGACGCCCAGCUUCUGCAUGCGACGCUUCAUGCCGGAGGGACGUUGAGGAAGGGCCAAGUGUGCGGGAUAUGCAGGUGUUGGAGGAGAGGCGAAUCCAUACAGAGCUCUGCACAGAUGAGGUGAUUGUGGUUAAAACAGAGGUGCAGGAGCAUGAGGAAGAUCCUGAAGACCUGGAGCCGCAUGACAUGCUCCUGGGAAGUUCAGGGGAAAGUGUUUCGCAGAGUCUGGCUGCUACCACAGCCUGGGAGGGUCAGUGCGGCUCUGGAACGCCGCCAAGGAGCCCGGCAGGCAUUGUCCUGGGGGAGCCGACUCCACGUGGAAGAGAUUUCAGUGGCAUCAAGCCUCUCCUCGUCCAUCAGGCAAGCCACGCGGGAGGGAGGCCGUAUGUCACGUGUACUAAGGGUGGGAAGAGCUUCCAGCUGAAAGUGAGCUGUGGGAAACAGCACAGGAGCCGUGCCAGAGAGAGACCUUAUCAGUGCACCGAGUGUGCCAGGAGCUUCCGGUGCCAUUUGGAGUUCAUCCAACGCUAUGCGAGCCACACUGGGGAGAGGCCAUAUAGAUACGCCAGCUGUGAGCAGACCUGCAGUUGGAAGUGGUUCCUUCUGAAUCACCGACAAGUCCGGGUGGAGGAGAGGCCAUUCCAGUGCGUUGUGUGCAGGAAGAGCUUCCGGCUGAAGGGGAGUUUCCUCAGACACCAGCGGGGCCACGGGAAGGAGAAUCCCCAGGACUGCACGGAGCGCGGCAAGGGCUGCAGCUGCCACGCCGAACUCUGUGCGGGCCAGCACCGCCAGGCUGGGGGGAAGGCCGGCCAGUGCGCUGAGGGUGGGGAGACGUCCGCUCAGAAGCAGUGUCUGCCCAGUGGCCAGCGAGCCUGCUCUGGGGAGAGGCCGUUCCGAUGCACCAUCUGCGAGAAGACCUACAAGGUCAGGGCCAGCUUCCACAAGCACCUGCAGAGCCACGAGACCGGGACGCCCUGCAAGCGCGCAAAGUGCAGGGCUGACUUCCCAGGUACGACACUGCCACAGGGUCAGCAGAGGGCAGACCAGACCGAGCAGGCUUCCCCAGGGCAAAGACUGGAGACCGGGAAAGCACCAGGGAGUGGGAUGGGUGACUAGGUGGUAACUAGCAUGUUGCAUCCCGACCAGUUCGUCCCUGCGCUUGGUAGGCUGGAAAAACGCUCACAACCUCCUUCCGGCCUCGGGGCUGGAGGGUGGGUGGGGUGGGGCCCUCCUUGGCCAAUUGUAAAUGACUCUGUUGGGCAGCACUCAAGGGUGCUCCCCCAGCAUCUCAUCCUCCCGCAGGCUCCCUGGACAAACCCAUGAAGAGCGUCUGAUCUCUGCUCUGCACCAGCUGACUAAAGCAUGUGAGAUUCCAGUGCUUUGCUCACUUGAUGCUGCACGGGGAGGCAGGAUCUGCCAAAGGGCAGGUGGCGUAAAAGCCUGCUCUCUAGCUCACCAGAGCCUGAAGAAAUCUGCCUGCGUGAAAGGAUUAACUGCUGCAGUUCGGCAAAUACCUGGUACCUUCAUGGUAAAAACCUCGGAGUGCUGAGUCCGGAUCCUUCUUCCUAGGUCUGCCUGACUCCUCCCCUUCUCAGGAUCAUGCUCCCCCUGCACCCCUGGAGCGAUCUCCUUGUUCUCAUCUGCACAGAGCCAUUUCUCCUCUCCAAGCAACCCCUGUCCCUUCUUCCUCCUGCCAGUCAAUAAUGCCCACUCCCGAUCUGUUUUCCUGUGCCGCGUCUUAUCCUACUUCGCUGGUAAACUCUGGGCCUUGGGACAGUGUCCAAAUAGGUCUGUGCAGUGCUAUUUAUAUGUGGCACCUUGCUGGAUAAAUGACUUCUGAAGACAUCAGACCGAAUGUUCACAAGCUUGCCCCACAGUUCCCUGCGAGCUGGGCUGGCGGGGCAGCAUGUCUGGGUCCCGAUGAGCAGAGUCAGGGCUAGGCGUUUAGGUUAGAGUCAAUGGGGCUGAAAUCUCAUCAGUUGUUGCUGCAAGAUUUGUGUCCUAAUACCUGCUCUCCCAGUGGGAAGGUGUCGCCAUCCUGUAGCGCCGAAGCCCUUCUCUCACUGGCUCUCCUCCAAAAUAGGUUUCUUUUGGUCUGAGGUUCAGAGGAUAAUCUCAGCAUUAGGGCUGCGCCUGGCCUGUCCUUCUUGAGUUUUGUUUGUUUAGGGUUUUUUUUUUCUUGCAUCUCUCUGUGUGGGUUUUUAUAGGGACUUACGUUCUCACAUGUCUAAUGGCAGCUAAACCCCAUCGUCGCUCACUGGUGGGAAUGGCUGAUGAUCCUUCCCCACCAUGAAUGGUUUGUGGGGAAUAGUGGGCUGUUAUGAACACUGAGAAGCUGAACUUGGGUAGCGUCAACGAUUCUCCCGAUGAUGCUACGGUUUGGGAGCAGUUUGAUAAAUACUCUGAGCAUGGAAAUUCCAGGUUUGUGAAGUUACGGAAACGGCACAGUUUUUCUUAUGUAAAUGUGUAUUGCUUCUGAUACCGCUCCUCACCUUCCACUUCCACUCGCCCCGGUGUUUUAAUAACACCAGGUUACUUAUAUUCCCCUCUACUAUUGCUGGGUACCAUUUUGCUUUUGCUUUUUGUACCAUAUGAGGCUUAAUUUGGUUUUAUUACUGGUUGGGCUGUAUAUAGUCUGCAUCCAUUUCAAGACAGUUCGGAUCUGUUUACCAUGCAAAGCUCUCGUCUGCCUUUCUUCUGUACCUCUUUGUCUUGUAACCUAGGUGACAAAUCUGUCAUGUAACAUUGUCCAUCUGACAUUUAUUCUAAUAAAAAUAAUUGUAACAAAAAGUGAAA